AUGCCGCCAUCCUCCGGAGCGCGGCCGCCGGCGCCACGGGGGGCCUUGGGACGUCCGGCGAGACCACCGCGGGCGGGACGGGCGCUGCUGGGCGAGAGGAGCCUGCGGGUGGCCCCGGUGGGCGCCUGGGUGGAGAGCGGCCCCCGCGAGCAGAGCCGUGCCUUCACUUCAGCAUUUCAGGUUGAGGAGGAGCUGAAGGAGCAGCAGAGGAGGAAGGCGAUGAGGCUGAGGCACUUCCAGGGAGAGGUGAAGCGCCGGGUGAACCAGCAGGUCAAGAUGAGAAGAAAGCAGCAGCUGCAGAGGUCUUGUGAGGCGACAGAGAAGGAGAGCAACCUCGCCGUGCAGUGCUUGGGCUCGGUGCUGCAGCAGACCCCCCAGAAGAACACGUGUGUGUUCCGGAGCCGCCCCCUGCCCGCCAUCUGCAGCCCUGCUGCCCUGGCACAGCAGGAGGAGCACGGAGUGCCCAGCGAGCCCUUCCAGCAGCAAGCUGCCCAGCUCAGCAGAGCCAUGAGACAAGUCCGGCGCAGGCUGGCAUCCUGUCGGACAGUGCCCAAGGGCAUGGAGGCCCCAGAGCUCCCCGGCGGCACGUGGACGCGUGGCCAGAGGCAAGAUGAAUCAGUGCUGUGUGCCCCGGUGUCCACUGAAUGUGAGAACGAGGAGCUUAUUCUAGCAGGACAUCACGAUCUUCCAGCUGAACUGAAAGACCAGACGACAGCUCCACAUCAGGCUGAGCAAGAUGAUGAUUUUUACAUCAAAGUGGAAUUUAGAAAAUUCUCUGAUGGAUCAGCGAAGGAUUUUAGCUCACCUGAGUCUCUGCAGAGAACGACGCUUGGUUGUCGAGCUCCCCUUGUCCUGUGGGCUGGCAUAGACCAAGAGGAAAGCAAGAAGCAGCGUCGGAUCGAGUACCUGCGGUGCAGGCGUCUCUUCAUGAGUGCCGAGCGAGAGCAAGUGAAAGAGCGGCAGAGGCAAAAGGAGCGGCAGAGGAGGAUUGCUGGCCUUAUUUUCCUUGUCAUUGACUUCUUGCGAGGACUGCUUAAAGCAGAGUCCAAACUGCCCAGCUUGAGGAAAUCAAACGUGGGAAGGCUGAGCAAUUGUCCCCAGGAACUGCUGCUCUCUGGGAUUAAGAGCAAGAAGGAGAACCAGCGCCAGGUGGAGGAGCAGAGGAUGCAGGAGGUGGCUAAGCAGCAAAAACCUUUCCUGGGGGAUGGUGUCUGCAAAGUUCUGGCCCAGCUUGAACUGGAGGAGAGGAGGCUUAACAAGGUCAAGCAAAAAGACCAGCGAAAUAAGGAGUACACAAGGUAUGUCGAAGCUUUAAGAGCCGAGGUGAAGGAGAAGAUGAAACUGUACAACAUCAACUUGCCUCCCCUGUGCUCCUGCAGCUCUGACUUCUGGGAGUCCCACCCUGAUACCUGUGCCAACAACUGCAUCUUCUACAAAAACCACAAAGCCUACAGCCAAGCACUGCAGUCUGUCAUCUCAUCCUGUGACCUGGUGGAUGGAAGGCAGAAGCUGCCCCUCCGCCACCUCGCUGCUCUCUGCACCUGCCCUGCAAAGCUGUGAGGAGGGCAGCGGUGGCCUUGCUGCAGUGUCUCAGGGCCGGAGCUGCACCGUGCCGAUGCAUUUUGAUGCAGUUUGUGCUCAGGUUUGCACAUCUUGGACUAGGUGCAGUUGGCUAUUGCACAGGACAAGGGCAGGUGUGGAGGAGCAGAUUGCUCUGUGCCCUUGGUUAGAGUCGAGCACUUGGAUUUCACGUUCAACUGCAGAAUAAACUGCAGCACAGAUGAU